AUGGCAGCUCCACAAGGGGGUUACCCUCCCCAGGAAGGUCGUCGCCAGCUCCCCCACAAGGAGCUGCCGCUGCAGGAGGAAAGAAGAAGAGAGCCUAUGCUGGUCAGGCCUUUGAAUUUGGCUCGGGCGCCAAUGCUGCACUUGGGGGGACAGCCUCUUGCCGGAGGUGCCUACGAUGCAUACCCUCAGCAAGCCCAACCUGCGGGAUAUCAACAACCGACAUACGGCGCGGACCCAACUCAACUGCAGCAGCAACCGGCAGGAUAUGCGGCGCCCGAUCAAGGUAUUACGCAGAUGACCCAGCAAUUUGGCGGAAUGGGCAUGGCCGAACCACACCACAUGCCCCCGCCUCAGCAGCCGGCAGUUCAACCCCCGCGCAAUGUUCAACUCAACCAGCUCUAUCCCACGGACCUCAUUUCGCAGCCUUUCAAUGUAGCAGAAUUGGAUUACCCGCCUCCUCCUAUUAUCCUUCCUCCCGGGACCAGUGUUUACCCAUCUCCCACGGCCAAUUGCCCGACAAAAUAUAUGCGAUCAACAUUGAAUGCGGUUCCCACAAAUAGCUCUCUCCUCAAGAAGUCCAAACUUCCCUUCGCUCUUGUCAUUCAACCUUAUGCCUCCCUUCACGAUUCUGAGGACCCUAUCCCCGUGAUCCCCGACCAGGUUAUUUCACGAUGCAGACGCUGUCGUUCUUAUAUCAAUCCCUUCGUCACCUUCCUCGACCAGGGCCACCGCUGGCGUUGUAACAUGUGUAACCUGACCAACGAUGUUCCUCAGGCCUUUGAUUGGGACGCAGCCCUGCAGAAGCCCGCCGACCGGUCUCUGCGCGCCGACUUGAACCACAGCAUGGUCGAGUUUGUUGCUCCCCAAGAAUACAUGGUCCGACCUCCUCAGCCGCUAGUAUACCUCUUCUUGAUUGAUGUCAGCUACUCCUCUGUGACCAGUGGUCUGUUGGCUACAAGCGCACGUUGCAUCAAGGAAAGCCUCGACCGUAUUCCAAAUGCAGACCGCCGCACUCGUCUUGGCUUCAUUGCUGUGGAUUCCAGCCUACAGUACUUCAGCAUCCCCCGGGAUGGCUCCGACAGCCCAGAAGCUCGUAUGCUGGUCGUUAGCGACCUUGAUGAACCCUUCUUGCCGAUUCCCACUGACCUCCUGGUCACAUUGAGCGAAUGCCGGGAGAAUGUUGAGUCCUUCCUUGACAAGCUGCAGGAGAUGUUCCAGAAUACACAGAACAACAGUUGCGCGAUGGGAUCUGCUCUCCGGGCUGGUUACCAGCUGAUCUCACCCGUGGGUGGUAAGAUGACCGUUCUGAGCGCCUCAUUGCCUAACAUUGGUCACGGUGCGCUCACCCUCCGCGAGGAUAAGAAGGUGCUUGGAACCAGCAAGGAGUCAAGUCUUCUCCAAACUGGUAACUCCUUCUACAAGAGCUUUGCGGUUGAAUGCUCCAAGGCUCAGGUAUCCGUGGAUAUGUUCCUUUUCUCCUCCCAAUACCAGGAUGUGGCAUCAUUGAGCAAUUUGCCUCGCUACACCGGUGGUCAGACUUACUUCUAUCCUGGUUGGAAUGCCGCCCGAAGCGAGGAUGCUAUCAAGUUUGCGCGCGAGUUCUCCGACUACUUGUCCUCUGAGAUUGGUUUGGAGGCCGUUCUCCGUGUCCGUGCCACUACUGGUCUCCGUAUGAACACUUUCUACGGUAACUUCUUCAACCGCAGCUCCGACCUUUGUGCUUUCCCCGCUUUCCCUCGUGACCAGGCAUACGUUGUCGAGGUGGCUAUUGAUGAGACCGUGGCGAAGCCCGUGGUUUGUCUGCAAGCUGCCGUCCUCCACACUACCUGCAAUGGCGAGCGCCGCAUUCGUGUGCUCACUCUCGCCCUGCCAACAACUCAAAACUUGUCCGACAUCUAUGCCUCUGCUGAUCAGCAGGCUGUUGCGGUCUUCUUCAGCCACAAGGCUGUUGAACGUACUCUGAGUGGCGGUCUUGAGCCUGCCCGUGACGCUCUGCAGGCCAAGAUCAUUGAGCUCUUGACUACAUACCGCAAAGAACUGGCUGGUGGUAGCGUGAGUGGUGGUGGUCUCCAGUUCCCCGCCAACCUGCGUGGUCUACCUGUGUUGUUCCUCUCCCUGAUCAAGAACCUUGGUCUCCGCAAGUCCGCCCAGAUCCCGACAGAUAUGCGUUCCGCUGCCUUGUGUCUCCUGUCGACCUUGCCCUUGCCCCUCCUCAUUCAGUAUAUCUACCCCAAGAUGUACUCCCUCCACGACAUGCCUGAUUCUGCCGGUAUUCCCGACCCCCAAACUGGAGAGAUUCUCCUCCCUCCCGCGCUUAACCUGUCCUCUCAGCGUCUCGCUCCUUACGGUUUGUACCUGAUUGACGACGGACAGACCCAGUUCCUGUGGGUUGGCCGGGAUGCUGUGCCCCAGCUAAUUGAGGAUGUGUUCGGCGUGCCUGAUCGAAGCCAGCUGCGGGUUGGUAAGCAGACUCUGCCGGAGGUGGAGAAUGAGUUUAACCAGCGGGUGCGUGCUGUGAUUGAGAAGAGUCGCGAUCACCGAGCCAAGGGAGUGGGUAGUAUGAUUGUUCCUCACUUGUACGUGGUUCGUGAGGAUGGUGAGCCCGGACUCCGACUUUGGGCCCAGACUAUGUUGGUGGAGGAUCGCGCCGACCAAAGCGUGAGCUUGGACCAAUGGAUGACUACACUUCGCGAGAAGGUAUGA